AUGGACUCCUUCUAUAAGAUCCUCAGUAAGGAGGAGCAGGAAUUGGCUGCCAGGAACGAGUACAAUUUCGAUCACCCCGAUGCGUUCGACUUUGAUCUUCUGGUGAAUGUGCUGCGCAAGCUGAAGAAGGGGAAGAGUGUGAAGGUGCCGGUCUAUGAUUUCACCACUCACAGCCGCAGGAAGGAUUGGAAAACUGUGUAUGGCGCCAAUGUUGUCAUAUUUGAAGGCAUCCUGUCAUUUGCCAAUAAGGAGCUCUUGAAGCUCCUGGACAUGAAGGUGUUUGUGGACACAGACUCGGACAUUCGGCUAGUCCGUCGGCUGAAGCGGGAUAUCACAGAGCGGGGGCGUGACAUUGUGGGGGUCAUUAAGCAGUAUAAUAAGUUUGUGAAGCCAGCAUUUGAGCAGUACAUCGAGCCAACUGUGCAACUGGCGGAUAUAGUUGUGCCGAGAGGUGAGUGUGCCUACUUACCUCUGUUCUCUUCUGAUUCCUCAACAUGUCUGUGUAAUAAUGAUCUCUCCGUAUUCAGUAUUGAGAGGUGA